AUGUUCAGCAAAAUCGUAGCUUUGAGCGCGCUGUUGGCCGCUGCCAACGCAGGCCACUUGGGCCAUGGCCACGCUGUGUCCUCCCAAAGCAUUGUCCAUCAUGAUGAACCCGCACACUACGCCGCUCCCGUGGCUCAUUACGCCGCCCCCGUCGCCCACUAUGCCGCUCCUGUAGCUCACUACGCCGCUCCCGUGGAACACUACGAUGGUCAUGACACAUACGCUCACCCCAAAUACGACUUCGAGUACUCCGUGGCUGACCCCCACACCGGUGACCACAAGGCCCAGCACGAGAGCCGCGACGGUGACGCCGUGCACGGAUACUACACCCUCGUGCAGCCUGAUGGUUCCGUGCGCAAGGUUGAAUACACCGCUGAUGACCACCAUGGUUUUAACGCUGUUGUACACAACACCGCUCCCAUCGUCCACGACCACGGACAUGGACACGACUACCAUCAUUACUGA